GCAGCUCUCAGGUCAGCUGGUGGCGGCUCACCGACCACAGAUGUGAGUGAGUUUGUUGAAUCAUGCGUGUUGACAGCGGCACUAAACCACCAUGGUAGGCACAAUAUACGACCAGAUGCAGCCUGACAUUGUCUCAUAGCACAGGAAUGAAUGAACCGAGGGCACACUUUUUAACUGGGACUAUUUGAAGAAGUCGAGUUGGGGAUAUUGUGGGGAUACACUGCCUCUGCUGUCUCCCGCCGAAGAAGACACCGCUUUCGUUGGCGUUUGGUUGAAGCCAGAUUUUUUCAGUUCCCAACAUUUUUUUUUUUACGUUUCUUGACACUCGACGUUUGGGAACAUAUAUGAUGAAGUUUAAGCCCAACCAGACCAGGACGUACGAUGGCGAAGGGUUCAAGAGAAGAGCGGCGUGUUUGUGUUUCAAAACCGAAAAGGAGGACGAGGUGUUGCUGGUGAGCAGCAGUCGACAUCCAGACCAAUGGAUUGUGCCAGGAGGAGGAAUGGAGCCUGAGGAGGAGCCCUGCGGGGCCGCCGUCAGAGAGGUGUACGAAGAGGCUGGUGUGAGGGGAAAGCUUGGCAGACUACUUGGGAUUUUUGAGCACAAUCAAGACAGAAAGCACCGGACGUACGUCUAUACCCUCAUUGUGACAGAGACACUGGAAGACUGGGAGGACUCUGUCAACAUUGGAAGGAAGCGGAAAUGGUUCAAGGUUGAUGAAGCCAUCAAGGUUCUGCAGAGCCACAAGCCUGUCCACGCAGAGUACCUGCGCAGACUCACAAACACCUGCAAUCCCACCUGCGGUCCAUUGUGUACCCCGACAAACGGCAACAGCCCAAGCUCCCAAGUGAUGGACAACAACGCUCCUCACUAUGUUGUUUGCUCCACACAGGGCUCAGAUUUAGUCAACAGAUAGGACCAUCACCAGCGGUUCUUUUGAGAGGACACCUGGAUGAGCAUAUGAUCUGAAAAAGACUUCUGCAUUCAUUACAUUACUAACGCAGCCUCUUAAUAUGUACAGUACAGACUUCUUGAAGUUUAUUUGAAACCCUUUUGAAGUGGGCUUGAAGAGUGCCAAAAUGUAUAUUUAAGAUUUUAUAUGUCUAUUUUUUACCAACCAUCACCAGCUAAUAGAGCAAAUGUGUUCCUUUUGAAAGCAUUCAGCUUUAGAUGGAUAUUCUCAGUGUGCUGCUUAUGCAAUGUGAAGAUCCUUCUUAGUCUUACAUUGUGAACAUUUGAUUGGCAGUGCACAGAGUGUUUGGUUGGUUUCCUGGAGGCCAGUACUGGGAAGUGUUGGCUCUUAGAGGAAGUCCUAUCCCCACAGUGACUCAGUGCCAAAUGCUAUCAUUCUGCAAGAUAUUUUGAAGAGGAGUAGAUACAUGUUUAUGAAUAUUUUUAUCACAGUUAAGUUUUUUUUGUGUACUUUUCUGACAGUAAACUACUGUCGCCUCACCAUGGUUUAAAUCUUCUGAGGUAUUUCCCCUAGGGCAAAGUCUACUUUGAUGCAACAAGUGUGAACAACAUUGUUCUUCUGGUCAUUUCGACAUUACAAGUACACACAUUAUCAUCUGUAAUCACUAGUAACAGCAUAACACUGUAAUAAAGAUUAGGGGAAUAACUGCAAACCAGCCACUACACUAAAGUGAAGACUUAAGGAGUCAUGCCUCAAACAUCCUUUUAUUUGCAAAAAUCUUUAAUGUUGUCAGGCUGACUGUUUAAAUCAAACUAAUUACAGCAUAAUGGCACAGUUAAAAUAAAUAUUGGCUUCUGUGUAGUGGAGCAGAUCUGUAGUCAAGUAAUCAAAACUUACACAUGUGCCAAAGAGUAUUUAACACUUACACACAGAUUGUAUCAUACAUAUCUUCUGAAGACACUAUCAUUAUUAAGUGCAUUUGACAAAUGUGAACUCCUGUUAAUGUCUGAGAAUACAAUAAGGAGGCCUUGGUUUUAGAGUAGAGGUACAAUAUGUUGUACUUUAGUCUGAUGCUUUUAAGUGCCUUCACAAACACAACAGUAAAGUGUGUUAUGUUCAUAAACACUGUUCAUCCUACAUCACUGAUGGGAAGCAGUGCAGACUGCCUUACACACAACUGUUGAAACCAGCCCCUUACAGUGAAUAGAUUUGAGCUAUAGGAUGUUGAAGGAAACUUGGAUUUCAUGUUACAAUUGAAUGUACAGUAUUUAGUAUGCAGUGACUGAAAUAAUUUAUGUUUCAUAGGGAAAUACCCCCCUCUUCCAUGAUGAAUAGGAAACUAGGACAGUAAGUCACAGUCACUGGCCAGACUUUUUUUUUGUCAACACCUCAGAAAGAAUACAAAUUAUCUUAUAAUUUCAGUCUAUUAUAUCAGUGACUCAUGUACUUAGGAGCACCGGAAAGAUCAUCUAAUAUUUUUUUUUUCUAUUUGUGCAUGUGUGACUGGAAUAUUAUGUUGUGCACCACUAUGUUGUAUAUAAAAACCUUUUAAAUAAAAAACGUUUAUUGAUCAUC